CCAAAAAACAGAGAGGUGUCAGUUCAACCUCCUCACAGUCGCGGGAAUAUCUGACUUCAGGAAGGGACUCGGUCUAUCCAGAGGGAAGAAAUUCCUCUUGAACGAUGUUCCGCACGUUUACGCCAUACAAAAACCAGAGAUACUACGACCUGAAGCAGGAAUGCAGACUGGAAAAGAACCUAUUUGAGGACCCAGAGUUCCCUGCGACAGAUAAGUCUCUGUUCUUCCAGAAAUCCCCCCCUGGAAAUGUGGAGUGGAAACGGCCUAAGGAAAUCUGUGACAAUCCUCGCCUCAUCAUAGAGGGCAUCAGCGCCCAUGACCUGAACCAGGGAAUGCUGGGUAACUGCUGGUUUGUGGCAGCCUGCUCCUGCCUGGCCAUAAAAUCAGAGCUGUGGAACAAGGUGAUUCCUGACUGGAAGGAGCAGGAGUGGGAUCCCAUUCAUACGGAAAGCUAUGCGGGAAUCUUCCACUUCCGAUUCUGGAUAUUUGGCGACUGGGUGGAUGUGGUGGUGGACGACCGACUGCCUACCAUCGACGGGAAGCUGAUUUACUGCCACUCCAACAUGCAGAACGAGUUCUGGACCGCCUUGCUGGAGAAAGCCUACGCUAAGCUGUCUAUGUGCUAUGAGUCCUUGGAUGGGGGAAACACAGCAGAUGCUAUGGUGGACUUCACUGGGGGAGUGGCUGAAUCCAUUGACAUGGAAGAGGGGAAGUAUGCCACGAGCAUCGCUGCACGAAUGAAGCUAAUUGAAGACCUGCUCCACGUGUUUGAGAGAGGGGGUAUCAUUAGCUGCGCCAUAAAGGUCUCAAAGUCGGACAGAGAGAUCCACUUGGCUAAUGGUUUGGUGAAAGGACAUGCAUACUCUGUGACAGCAAUCCAGAAGGUGCGGAUGGGUCAGGGCCUGCUGGCCCUUUUGAAUCCAGAGAAGAUUUUCUUGAUCCGCAUGAGGAACCCGUGGGGAAAGACAGAGUGGAAAGGGAUGUGGAGCGAUAGCUCAGAAGAGUGGAAGAGAGUGAGCAACACAGAGAGGACUGCCUUGGGCCUCACCGUAAAGAAUGAUGGCGAGUUUUGGAUGGCAGUUGAAGACUGGUGUAAGAUCUUCACCGACGUGGACGUGUGCCGCCUCAUCAACACCUCCCUCCUGAGCAUUCAGAAGACGUGGCACGAGGCCGUGUUCUUCAGCAGCUGGACCAAACACGCUGAGCCGCGGCACAACCGCAGCGGGGGCUGCGUGAACAACCGGGACACCUUCCUGCAGAACCCACAGUUUGUGUUUGAUAUUACGAAGGAAGAAGAUGAAGUGCUGAUUUCCAUUCAGCAACAGGACAUGAAGAUACACAGACCAGAGGGCCAGGGGAAAAACCUCUACAUCGGCUUCUCCGUUUUCAAGGUGGAACUGAACAGAAUUUACCGGAUACACAAGCUCAUAACGCAAACAAGUGCAGCAACAUCUGCCUACACAAACACACGGACUGUUUUCAUGCGUAAGCUGCUUUCGAAGGGCCGCUACAUCAUCAUCCCCUCCACAUUCGCCCCAGAGGACCUGGGAGAGUUCAUGAUAAGGGUCUUCACAGAUGUGAAUUCCAGCUGCAGGGAGUUAACGCAGGACAAGCCCAAAGUGACCUGCUGGAGUAUCUGUCUGGGAUACCCUCAGCUGGUCUCGCAGAUCUACGUACAUGGAGCCAAUGGGUUGCAGAGUCAGGACAGUGAUGGUGGAGCAAACCCCUACGUGAUUGUAUACUGUGAAGGAAGCUCAGUGCAGUCCACUGUUCAGAAAAAUACCCUGGACCCUCUCUUCGAUUUAAGGGCAAUAUUCUACCGGAAGAGGCCCAGAAAGGCUAUCACUGUUCAGGUGUGGAACAGCUGCACAGUACAGGACCAGUUCCUGGGCGAGGUGGUGCUCCCCGCCACCCUAAAGGACCUGGCCGAGCCCCAGAAGCUGCAGCUUCACAAGAGAGGACAGGGGAUGGAGGAGGAGAUGCCCGGCACCAUCACAUUUAAAGUGGUCACAUCCAGCCAGCUCACCGCGAUGUAAAACGCACAGGGUCAUGCCACCCACCUCCAACAGCCUGGCCACCGUCUACUGGCUUCUGCCUUCAGUCCUUUGGGAAGGAUCGUGGAUUGGGCAGAGGUGUACAAUCCAUGUUCUGAAAGUAAAAGUCCUCCCCAGUAUUUUGUUUCGACCAUGCAUCUGGGUAAUUAGCACAAUUCUUCAACCAGGAGGUACUGGCUAAUUCCAAUCACUUAUUUGUCACCAUCUUUCUCCUUGUUCCUUGCCUGACUUGGAAAUCGAUGGAGGUCUGCCAGCUUUAAGGAAGUCCCAAUCCGUUAAAUGUUCCUUCUAGGAGCUAGACGUCAGGAGCUAGGAGGCUCCCGAAGAUUUCUUGAGCAAGAAAACAUGAGCACCUUCUUUAGCGGAAGCAUUUUGUUUUUCAAAGGGUGAUAUACUAUCAAUGAUCAACCUGAGGAUCCAUCUCUCCCCAUCUGCCAUGCAUCUCCCAUGUCUGUAACUGACAUGGCUUCAAACUGACAUUCCAUACCAAUUUUCUCAAUUCCCUCACCUUUACCCCCCUUUUCUCACUACCUUUCGUGCCUCCCCUGAUGGGUAGAGCUAGGAGCAAGGAAAAGACACUAGGAAAGGAGAAAGGAUGUGAAAAAUAAGUGUUUGGAAGCCCCUUAUUAGCGAAAUCAGCUGGCUGAGUUAAUCUGAGGAAGAAACACAUGGCAGGACUUUUAUUUUCUGACAACUGCAGUUUAUACCUCUGACAUUGGGUCUUUGGUUGACCAUGUGACAAUUCGAUAUUAUAUGUAAUUUAAAUAAUUCUGCCUUCCAAUUGAGAAUAGUCCAGGACUAUUAGACUACUUAGUGCUGUGGAAUCAUGUACUAUGCCUAUAUAAUAGGACAUACUUAUAUGCGGAGUCCACAUUUGCAAUAAUAAUAAUGGACCUAUUUACAGUUGUUUACUGGAAAGAUGCACAUAUAUUAAUAAGAAUAUUUGACAAGACAUAUUUCUUGCAUUCAAGCUACUUUUAAGUGGCAUGUAUACAGUAUAGGCGAUAUGUAAAAGCAGUGCUGACGAUAAAUACUCGAAUGGCAACUUUAUAGCCUUUCAUGAGCGGGGAAUGUGAUUUAUGUAGAAUAAAGGGGUUCACAAGCAUGUCA